UAGACCCGGAAGUAGACGGGCCUCACGGAAGCCGGCUUUGGCCCUGCGGCUGCUGCCGUCGCCGCGGAGAAAUUGUUGGAGCUGGCAGCCUAGGAAUGAAUCUCUUCUCAGCCUCCAAGCUCACCUGGUCAGAAUCCUUGGAUGAACCUGUGGGACCCUUCCUUCUAGCCCUGUGGUUUGGAACCAGUGGCUUUGGGACUGUGAGAGGAUGGACAAAGAUUCUCAGGGGCAGCUAGAUUCAUCCCUGAUGGCAUCAGGCACUGCCAGCCGCUCAGAGGAUGAGGAGUCACUGGCAGGGCAGAAGCGGGCCUCCUCACAGGCUUUGGGCACCAUCCCUAAACGGAGAAGCUCCUCCAGGUUCAUCAAGAGAAAGAAGUUUGACGAUGAGCUGGUGGAGAGCAGCCUGGCUAAGUCCUCUACCCGGGCAAAGGGGGCCAGUGGCGUGGAACCAGGGCGCUGUUCGGGGAGUGAACCAUCCUCCAGUGAGAAGAAGAAGGUGUCCAAGGCCCCCAGCACCCCUGUGCCGCCCAGCCCAGCCCCAGCCCCUGGGCUCACCAAACGUGUGAAGAAGAGCAAACAGCCACUCCAGGUGACCAAGGAUCUGGGCCGCUGGAAGCCUGCGGACGACCUCCUGCUCAUCAAUGCCGUGUUGCAGACCAAUGACCUGACAUCUGUCCAUCUGGGUGUGAAGUUCAGCUGCCGCUUCACCCUGCGGGAAGUCCAGGAGCGCUGGUACGCCCUGCUCUACGAUCCUGUCAUCUCCAAGCUGGCCUGCCAGGCCAUGAGACAACUGCACCCAGAGGCCAUUGCUGCCAUCCAGAGCAAGGCCCUGUUUAGCAAGGCUGAAGAGCAGCUGCUGAGCAAAGUGGGAUCGACCAGCCAGCCCACCUUGGAGACCUUCCAGGACCUGCUGCACAGACACCCUGAUGCCUUCUACCUGGCCCGUACUGCCAAGGCUCUGCAGGCCCAUUGGCAGCUCAUGAAGCAGUAUUACCUGUUGGAGGACCAGACAGUGCAGCCGCUGCCCAAGGGGGACCAAGUGCUGAAUUUCUCCGACGCAGAGGACUUGAUUGAUGACAGUAAGCUCAAGGACAUGCGAGAUGAAGUCCUAGAACAUGAGCUGACAGUGGCUGACCGGCGCCAGAAACGAGAGAUUCGGCAGCUGGAACAGGAACUGCAUAAGUGGCAGGUGCUAGUAGAUAGCAUCACAGGCAUGAGCUCUCCGGACUUUGACAACCAGACCCUGGCAGUGCUGCGGGGCCGCAUGGUGCGGUACCUGAUGCGCUCGAGAGAGAUCACCCUAGGCAGAGCAACCAAGGAUAACCAGAUUGACGUGGACCUGUCUCUGGAGGGUCCGGCCUGGAAGAUCUCCCGGAAGCAAGGUGUCAUCAAGCUGAAGAACAACGGUGAUUUCUUCAUUGCCAAUGAGGGCCGGCGGCCCAUCUACAUCGAUGGACGACCUGUGCUGUGUGGCUCCAAAUGGCGCCUUAGCAAUAACUCCGUGGUGGAGAUUGCCAGCCUGCGAUUCGUCUUCCUCAUCAACCAGGACCUCAUUGCCCUUAUUCGGGCCGAGGCUGCCAAGAUCACGCCACAGUGAGAAGUGGUGGCAGGACCCAUGGGCUCUCUCUGGCCUCAGUUUCCCCUGCCCUCCCAGACCCCUGGAGCUGGCAAGUGAGGCUCCUGGAAAAACCAGAGGGGGCUGUGGGAGACUCAGCUCCUGGCCCCUUGAUCUGAGCCUCUGUGGGAGGGCGGGGCUGGCCCUGGGGAAGCCCCUAGAGGCUGGGACCCUCAGGCUGCCUUAGUGCCAGAGCCCCUCCCCUUCUCUCUCUGCAGAGGCUCCUAUCCUUUCCCCCAGAUUCCCACCUUUGCUCCGUGUCUCCAGCUGAUUAGCUUCAGACUUUUCCUUUAUUAUUUUUCUUUUGUAAAUACAAAGCACUGAGUUCC